CGCAGCUGGCUGGCCGCUCUCGGCGCGUGAAAGAUGGAGCUGGUUUGAGGAAGAGACAGCGCUGCGAAUAUUUUGGGCAAAAUAGGAGGAAAGUGAGAGCUGCGUCUGCAAUGAGAACUGAACAUGGAGAAAAGGCAACCGCCGCGCAGAGCAAAAUGUUGAUUGAUCAACUAAGGGAGAUCACGGGAAUCCAGGAUCAACAGAUUCUCUUCAAAACCCUGAAGGCCAGUCAGGGGGACAUUGGACAUGCAGUGGGACUGCUAACAACCCAGCCUGCAGAAGUACAGGACCCUGCAGAGCCACAGGAGUCAGGAAUAUCUGGAGAGACCUGGGAGGGUCAGAAAGGACUUCCCAAAGAUGAGCUGCAGACCGCCAUAGAGCUUAGCCUGCAGGAGUCCCACAAUGCCCAGGAGGAAGAGCGGGAGUUCCACAGGGCUCUGGAGGCCAGUGCAGAGGAGAAUGCUGCGAGAAUGAAGAGGAAGAGAUGUGAAGCCCAGAGUGACAUGUGCAGCCCUGCAGACUGGAUCCGUCAGGACGACUGGCCCGUGGGCAUUCGCAACGUAGGAAACACCUGCUGGUUCAGUGCUGUCAUCCAGUCACUCUUCCACCUGCCCGUGUUCAGAAGACUGGUUCUUAGCUACCAUCUGUCAGAGCGAAUUCUGGACAAGUGUAAGAGCCAUGCAGACAAGAGGAACAUUGCUUUCAUGCAGGAAUUACGCUGCCUGUUUGCUCUCAUGGUGGGGUCCACCCGCAGGUUUGUGGAUCCGUCUGCAGCAGUCGAGUUAUUACGCGACGCCUUCAGGACAAGCGAGGCCCAACAGGAUGUCAGUGAGUUUUCCCAUAAACUGCUGGACUGGUUGGAGGAUGCAUUUCAGCUGGCUGCCAAUGGGAAAAACGCGGAAGACAAACAACAUAACCCCAUGGUCCAACUUUUCUACGGCACCUUUGUGACAGAAAGAAGACACGAGGGUAAGACGCUGUGUAACAUUGAGCAGUUCGGCCAGUACCCCCUGCAGGUCAACGGCUUCAACAACCUGGAGGAAUGCCUUGAGGGUGCUAUGGUUGAGAGGGAGAUCGAGUCACUCCAAUCAGAUCAUGCUGUCACAUCUGGGCGUGAGCGAUGGUUCAAAAAGCUACCACCAGUCCUAACUUUUGAACUUUCAAGAUUUGAAUUCAACACCCAGCUUGGGCGCCCUGAGAAGAUACACAAGAAAUUAGAGUUUCCACAAAUCAUUUAUAUGGACAGGUACCUUCACAAAAACAUUGAGCGAACUCAUGAGAGGAGAGGAGAAGUGAAAAAACUCAAGGAGCAACUUGCAGUCCUUCAACAGAAACUGGAGUGUUAUAAAAGUUAUGGCUCAGGACCGACCAAGUAUCCUCUGGCUGAUAUGCUGCAGUUUGUUCUUGAGUUUGCCACCACCAAACCCACUAGUGUUUCUCCAGCUGAAGACUCAAGACUAGCUUCAUCAUCACCAACCCCUGCAAGCCAACCCCUCAGUGAACCCAUCGUCAAAGACAGCACUGAAGCUGUAGAUACAGAUACAGCAGAGGGCCUGGUUUCCAGUGUUUCCAAUUGCCAACGGACCCCCAUUUACAAGCCCUUCACCCAGUGCAGACACCCAGUUGACUGCCCACCACACCCAGCCCCUCACAGCAUCACUGAGGAAGAGCUGCACUUUGUUAAGACCUGCCUGCAGCGCUGGAGGACCGAAGUAGAGAACGACAUCAAUGAGCUAAAGGCCAGCAUCGACAAGCUCACUCAGACACUGGAGGGCAUGUACUCAGACAACAGUCUCUGCCAGGUACCUUACAGACUCCAUGCAGUGCUUGUCCAUGAGGGCCAGGCUUCAGCAGGUCAUUACUGGGCUUACAUCUACGAUCACGCUAACCAGCGCUGGAUGAAGUACAAUGACAUCACCAUCACUGAGUCAUCAUGGGAGGAGCUGGAACGAGAUUCUUUUGGAGGCAUGACAAACGCCAGCGCAUACUGCCUGAUGUACAUUGAUGACAGGCUUCCUCACCUUAUCACAGAAGACACAGAUGAUGAGACGGGCCAGGUUCUCCAUGGUAUGGACUCCCUGCCGCCCAUUCUCAGGCGCUACGUCCAGGAAGAUAACCGCUGGUUCCAGCAGGAGCUAAAUGAAUGGGAGGAGCAGUUCUGUCAGACCGCGACCCCGCAGGAAGAGCCUACAGCCCCUGCAGAGCCCCCUAGCUCCAGAAUGGACAAUGUUCAGAAAACUCCUGUUGAGCCGGCCCCCCAGUCAGGGCCCCCCAUAGAGGAGCUGGACCAGGGACCUGCUUCAGAGCCACCACCAGAACCAGAGGAGGGUAAUGGUCCAGAGUCAGCCUCCAGAGAGAAACCUGAAGAGAAAUCAGAGUUAUCGCUUCCACUUGAGAGUCCUGGCCGCCAGCCAGACAACACUGAUGCUGCUGCAGUCACUGACACCCUGGAGCCGAGCCAGACCUCCAUAUCAGCUGAGAGGGAGCUGCAGAGUCAGAUUCCUGGCCCAGACGCACAGCUCAGCUACCAGGCACCGCGUGACCCCCCAGUCCAGACGGAUAACAUGGAGGCGGCAGGCCUUGGCUCUGAAGCUGACAAUGAGCCCACGGCUUCCAAAGAGGCUUCUGAACAUGAGGCAGAGGAGGGACGUGAGGACCUGCAGCAGCAGGAGCUCCCGGCUAGACAGCAACAGGCUGAAAAUGAGGUUUCAGAAGUGGAGAUCCCCAAUGUGGGCAGGAUUAUGGUGAGGGCUGAUGCUGAUGGGUACAAUGAAGAGAUGAUGCUCACUCCAGCUAUGCAAGGUGUCAUCCUGGCCAUAGCUAAGGCCAGACAAAUCUUUGACAAAGAAGGACCUGAGGCUGGCCUCAUAAAGGCCUUCCAUGAAGAAUAUUCCCGCCUGUAUGAGCUCUCCCAGGAGGAGAUCACGCCCCAGGAGGAUGCUCGCCUGCAGCACUCCCUGGUCUACUUCUUCCAGAACAAGGCGCCCAAGCGCAUUAUAGAGAGGACGCUGCUGGAGCAGUUUACAGACCGCAACCUUAGCUUUGACGAGAGGGCCAUCAGUAUCAUGAGAGAAGCCCGAGCCAAGCUGCGCCUCAUUAAGCCAGAAGAUAUGGACAUGGAUGAAUACAUGCAGUGGCAUGAUGACUACAGGCUGUUCAGGACCGUGUUUGUCCAUCUGCUGACUGGGCUGGAGCACUAUCAGCACGGGAAGAUGCAAGAGGCGUUGAACUACUUGGUUCAUGCAUACGAGACAAAUGGUGCCCUGCUGAGGAAGGGAGAAAAACGUGGUGUGGACAAGUCUCUUAUAGCAGUUUACAAGAGGAAGUGUCUUACUGCAUUGAAUGAGAGUGCAUCACAGCUGUUUUGCAGCGGGGAGGAGAGCAAGGUGGAAGAGGGUGUGGCCAUCAUGGAUGAGGCCAUCAUUCCCUGCCUUCACCUGAUGAGCCGGGACUCUGCGUUAUCCCAGGAAGACCGGGACGCCAUGGAGAGCAUCCGCAGCCAAUGGUGCUGCUGCCUGGGACAGGACAUGGAUGAUUCACUGCAGGUGAAACUGGGUGAGUUGUUGCCCAGAGUUCUGGAUGGUUCUGCUGGGACAGUGGUGCUUAACGAUCCACCCGAAGUCCACAUCAGCCAGGCCCAUGACCUGUGCAGCCGUCUGGCUGCUGUUAUGGAGUCCCUUCACAUCAACACAGUAGUAACCGUAAAGUAAACUUCUGGCUGCAGCCCACAGCAUCCUCUCCGAACUGUACGUCUUCACUGCAAGCUACUUUGCAGACGGUUCAGAUGGUUCUGUACUAAGACUGGAGCUGAGACAGCAUUUAGAGUCUAAUAUCUGCUGGUUUGGCUUUGCACAUGCAUUAAUAUUUGAUUUGCUAAAAUAACAAGCUGCAAGCCCUCACUGUGGGUAGAUAGAGGAGCAGGUCUAUCACCAGACCACAUCAGUGAGGUCAGCAGCAUCAUGACUCGUGCGUCAUGAUGCUGCUGUUCUGGUUUUUGCAAGAUGUGUAAAAAUAGGCUCAAAAAGCAGCAACCCUGUGUAUUUAAUUUUCCUCCAGAGCUGGCAACUAUUGCAGAUGUUUAUCGACCAAACAUCAGCUUACAUCUAAGGUUUUGUGUCCCAACCAUGAAUACACAUUCAUGUUAGAAUUGUAAAGCUUUUCCCCCAAACAUCCUGAAUCUGACUUACAACAGUGAACCAGUUAUGCUGGUCGGUUCUCUGAAAUGUCCAAACAUUGGGAUGUUUUAUGGACGGUUUACCUUGUUAUUUAAGACUGAUAAUUAGGCUGCCGUUCACCUCUAUAGGAAGGCAUGUUUAUUGUGUUGCUAAACGGUGUGAAUGGACAAUGAUGCCCUUUUUUUAUUCAGGGCUUCAGAAACAUUGAAUUUGUUCUACACAGUAAGAAAUAUGUUCGUUAGCUUCUUAAAAUCUAUGUUUUAUAUUUUGUAUUUUUUAAAAAAGAUUUAAAUCUUGAAGGAGAGAUAACAACAGCAUUAGAAUAGAGCAAAGUUAAGGCAGGAUGUACUGGAAAACUUUAAACUCAAGAGCUGCUGCAUGGUCAGCAGGUAAACAGUGAGCGCCUGCUUUGUGGAAACACCUGGAAAAUGAGCUUUUCCUUCCUUUUUAACAAGUUUGUUCUUUACAAACCAUGUAAGCCUUUAAAGGGGAGCAACAGAGAUAAAAUCUUCUUUUGUUUGUGUCCCAUGGUUAGGGUUAGGGAUCCUGAUCACAGGAUUAUGACAUGAUCAGGUGAAGCAGGACAGGCUUUUCUAGCUGCGGAUUUCACUGAUUUUUCUCUUGUACUCUGUGAUGACACCCAAUAAAUGAUUGAAAUGC